CGCACAUAGCAGCCGGUUGCUGGGCGGACUCUGGCAGCUGAGGAAGCGGAAGUGUUGCUGCCUCGGUCCAAUCUGCUUUGGCUGCCACGUUGGUGGCGACGUGGACUCUUGCGAGACCGGCACCGACCGGAGCGUAGGCCGGCCGUGCCGCGGCAGCGACGCGCCCUCGCCGACAGGAGCCCGAGUACAGAAAGGAUCCUGCUGGCCCGAUCAGCUCUUGCUACCCAGUAAUACUCAUUUUGAACAAGAAUGAAGCUGAAGGUUAUCAACCGGACCGCCAUCCAGGCAUGGAGUCCGUCCCAACAUCACCCUAUCUACCUGGCUGCAGGUACCUCAGCCCAGCAGCUGGACGCGACGUUCAGCACCAACGCUUCCCUGGAGAUCUUUGAGCUGGACCUAGCCGAUGCAACCCUGGACAUGAAAUCCUGUGGUACUUUCUCGUCCAGUCACAGGUACCACAAGCUGAUUUGGGGCACCCAUGGAAAUGCAUCUGAGGGCCUGGUGUCCAGUGUCCUUGUGGCUGGUGGAGAAAAUGGGAACAUCAUUCUGUAUAAUCCAUCUGAAGUUAUUGCAGGAGGAGAGGGAGUUGUGAUCGGCCAGAAUGAUAGUCACAGUGGCCCAGUCAGAGCUCUCGAUUUUAAUCCUUUUCAGAAUAACCUUGUUGCCUCAGGAGCCAAUGAGUCUGAGAUCUACAUCUGGGAUUUGAAUAAUUUUGAUACACCGAUGACACCAGGACCAAAAUGUCAGCCACUUGAAGACGUCAGUUGUGUUGCAUGGAACAGACAGGUGCAGCAUAUUCUGGCUUCGGCGACUCCCAGCGGUCGCACUGUUGUUUGGGACCUGCGGAAGAAUGAGCCCAUAUUGAAAGUCAGCGACCACACUAACCGCAUGCACUGCUCAGGCCUGGCCUGGCAUCCCGACGUUGCUACGCAGAUAGCUGUGGCCUCAGAGGAUGACCGAAUGCCAGUGAUUCAGAUGUGGGAUCUGCGGUUUGCGACGUCUCCUCUGCGGACACUGGAGAGCCACACCAGAGGAAUUUUAGCCAUUGCCUGGAGCCUGGCGGAUCCCGAGCUGCUGCUGAGCUGUGGCAAGGACAACCGUAUGCUCUGCUGGAACCCCAAUACUGCAGAGGUUGUGUACGAACUGCCGACAGCGACUCAGUGGUGCUUUGAUAUUCAGUGGUGCCCCAGGAAUCCCGCUGUCCUCUCCGCUGCUGCUUUUGACGGCCACAUCAGCAUCUACUCGCUAAUGGGUGGGAGUCUGGAUGCACAAAGGCAGAAGCAGGUUGACGACAUUUCUGCUUCCUUUGGGAAUUUGGAUCCAUUUGGUACAGGACAGGCUCUUCCUCCCUUGCAGCUCCCUCAGUCCAUCACUCAGCCCAGUACUGUGCUGCCUCUUAAGAAGCCACCCAAGUGGAUCCGCCGUCCCGUGGGAGCUACGUUUGCUUUUGGAGGAAAGCUGGUCACAUUCCAGCACACAAAACCCCAGCUUCAGCAACAGCAGGUUCCAUUCCAAGUGUUCGUCAGUCAGGUGGUGACCGAGUCGGACGUCUUGAACCGUUCCAAUGAGCUGCAGAACACCAUUCACUCGGGAAGUUUUGUGGAGUACUGCCAGUCGAAAAUUAAUGCUGCCCAGACGGACUUUGAGAGAAAUGUCUGGGGAUUCUUAAAGGUGAACUUUGAGAAAGAUCAUCGCAAUAAGUACCUGGAACUUCUCGGAUACAAAAAAGAAGAGCUUGCAGAAAAGAUUGCGUCGGCACUGCAAAGUGGGGCAGGCAAGAUCGGGCUUCCAUCAGAUCAGGCUCCCAGGGACUCUGAGCAGACAGCAGAGAAUGCUGAAGACAGCCCUGCUUUAGAAGAUCAGUGCCUGGGAGAGGUGGAAAAUGAGCAUGAAGAGGAUGAGGACUUGGAUAAGGCAACAUCUAAGAAGCAAGUUGAGAAAGAAACAAAAUUCAGUAUCUCUAUUAGUGGAGAUGUUGAUGGGUUGAUCACGCAGGCUUUGUUGAUGGGAAACUUUGAAGGAGCCGUGGAUCUUUGCUUGCACGAUAACCGAAUGGCAGACGCCAUCAUUUUAGCAAUAGCCGGAGGACAGGAACUUCUGGCCAAGACACAGAAAAAAUACUUCGCCAAGACAAAUAGCAAGAUCACCAGGUUGAUAGAUGCUGUGGUGACACAGGAUUGGGAAGAAAUUCUGCAGUCAUGUGAUCUUCAAAACUGGAAAGAAGCUUUGGCUGCCUUGUUGACGUACGCUGGGCCUGAUGAAUUUGCUGCACUUUGUGAUUAUUUGGGCGCACGUUUGGAAAGUGAAGGGGACAACAGCCUUCAAGCUCAAGCUUGCCUGUGCUACAUCUGUGCCGGGAACGUGGAGAAGCUGGUUGCCUGCUGGGAUAGAGCUCAGAAUGGCAACUCUCCCCACGCUCUCCAGGAUCUCAUUGAGAAAGUAGUGAUUUUGCGUAAAGCCAUCGAACUUACCCAAGGAGCACAGAGUAACGGAGUAGGGGCCGUCCUAGCGGAGAAGAUGAGUCAGUAUGCUAGUCUGCUGGCAGCCCAGGGGAGUUUGGCCGCUGCUUUAUCUUACCUGCCUACUGACGCAAAUCAGAUGACAAUCCUACAUUUACGUGACAGACUGUUCCGUGCCCAGGGUGAACAAGUAGCAGGGCAGGAAUCGGCUCCGUCCUCUUAUGCGAAGCAUCAAGGGCCGAGAGUCAGGGCCGGUUCCGGUCACUCACUCAGCCAGGGACAGCCGCAACCUUCAGCCCUCACCCAACAGUACUACCCACAGGUUAGAGCAGCCCGCACAGUCACAUCAUGGAGUAAUCAAACAUCCACUGCCCUUCCCAGCUUUAUUCCACUCUCUGCAUCUAACACACAGGGUGAAGCCCCCCCACCACCAGGAUUCGCACCGCAGGUGAUUCCAAAUCCUGUUGGGCAGGUCCAGGCACCGAACUCGACAUCCGCUGCAUACAACUUCUAUUCCCCGAUUGGAUCCCGUCAGACCCUCCCCCCAACUCAUCAGCCACAGCAGUACCCUCACGGAGCUGGAGGCCCAGCUUACUAUCAACCUCAUCAACACUCUGCACCUUCAGCCCCAUCUACAUAUUUCCCCCCUGCUUCUUCUCACUCUUUGCCCUCAGCUAUGGCCCCUCGGUUCCAAGGGCAGCCGCAGGUUUCCUCUCCAGCCUCCAGCCCCGCCUCUGCUUUCCCGACUCUCUCUGGAGCAUCCUACCAGCAUGGCGGACCAGGAGCUCCGGCGUCCUCUGUGGCCUAUCCACCCUCAACAGGACCACCAGGAGAUACGUAUCCCCAGGACCAAAUUAUUUUCUUAGAAGGACCACAAAAUGGUUGGAACGACCCUCCAGCUUUGAGUAGGAUGCCAAAGAAGAAGCAAAUGUUUUCCGGCAACUUCACCCCUCCUGCACCCAUCACUGCUCCCAUAAUGAACCCAGUCGCAGACUCUCAGACCUCGAUCCAGAGCCAGCAGUCUGUUCCUCCACCACACACUUCGUUCCAGACCUCCCAGCAGCUUCCAAACCCAGGAGCUCAGAAUCCAUAUCAGGGAAUGUUGCAACCGGCCGUACCGACGAUGGUGCCAAAGCAUAGCACGGAAGAAGCGCCCGGCGCUCCGACUGGUGACAUCAUGCUGCCAGUGCAACCGAUAACAACGGAGAAAAUUGCCAAGAAACCCAUUCCUGAAGAGCAUGCGAUCCUGAAGAUCACAUUUGAAGGACUGAUUCAACGAUGUAUGAAUGCAGCUACUGACCCGCAAACCAAAAGAAAGCUGGACGAUGCUAACAAGCGACUAGAAUCCCUGUAUGAUAAGCUACGGGACCAAAUGCUCUCGCCAGUCAUAAUUGGUGGUUUGCACAGCAUAGCGAGGAGCGUUGAAAGCCAGAACUACACCGAAGGGUUAAGCAUACACACACACAUAGUGAGCACCAGCAACUUCAGUGAGAUCUCAGCAUUUAUGCCGAUUCUGAAGGUGGUCCUCACCCAGGCUAAUAAACUAGGUGUUUGAUAUCAAAAUGUAUUUGAAAAGACAGCUAUAUACUUUACGAAAUCAAUGAUGACCAAACCUAUGCUGACUUGGGUGGGAAAAUCUAAGCAAAGACCAUUCGAAUACUUGUGGUUAAAUGUAGAUUGGACAAUUGCUUCAGUCCAUGUUGCAUUUUACCAUAGCGCCUUCUGUAACAAGGCAAAACAUUCCAAUAUAUAAUCUGAUAAAAUUAUGUCAAUGGGAAUGCACCUUGAUCUUUUAAAUCUAUGUUGCCUGUAUAUUUUUUUUAAAAAAACGAACCAAUGAAAUGAUACGACCUACAUAGGACAAAUGGAAUCCACACAGUAUUGUUUUAAUCGAACUACAUGCAUGUCUGAUCAAAAUAUGAGAUAAUACAGAUUUAUCCCACUGACUUUGGUGGCAGAGUGUACUUUUAGAUCACAAGUCUGUGAUUAGCACAGUGCAUUUACAUAGAGUGGAAGAGUAUAUUAUGAGGACUUGAUGAUACUCAGUUAACAACCAAGGCUCUGGGAAAAGUUGAAAUAGCUGCUUGUAAUGCAGUGUAAACUGUACAAGAACUCCAACAAGCUUGUCUGCUCUGUGCUCAAUUUUAUGAAUUGGAAACACACCUAAAAAUUCAUCUUAUUUUAAAUAAACAUUAAUUUAUUUAAGUA